AUGCGCGCUGUCCAAGUCAGCGAAUAUGUCAAGGGACCCUUAGAUCUCAAGGUGACCGAGGUCCCGACACCAACUCCAGCUGCAGACAAAUACCUGAUUGAGAUACAUUCAGCCGGUACCAACUUCUUCGACAUCCUUCAGAUUCAAGGCAAAUACCAGCACCAGCCUCCCCUCCCAUGGGUCGGAGGUGCUGAGUUCGCCGGAACCGUCACUGCGGUGCCAACCUCCUCCAACUCCCCUCGGUUUAAAGUCGGCGAUCGUGUCUUCGGCGCAACUCAGGGUGCAUAUGCUACUCAUGUUCUCGCCACCGAGCAGACCCUCCUCCCCGUCCCCAUGGGUUGGAGCUUUGAAGAUGCCGCUGGUUUGUUCGUCACCGCACCCACCUCUUACGGGGGUCUAGUCCACCGCGCCGGCGUCAAGGCCGGUGACUGGGUGCUGGUUCACGCUGCGGCCGGUGGAGUCGGAUUGGCCGCCGUGCAGAUAGCUAAAGCCAUGGGCGCGACGGUCAUCGCCACAGCGGGAACGGCGCGCAAGCGUGAGAUCGCGAAGGAGUUUGGCGCGGACUAUGUCAUUGACUACACCGAUAAGAGCUGGCCCGAGGAGGUCAAGAAGCUUUGCGCUGCAAACCGGAGCGGUAACGGCAAGGCUGGCGUUGAUAUUGUCUACGACCCCGUGGGUAUGAUCGAGACUAGUUUGAAGUGUGUUGCAUGGAAUGCCCGCUUGUUGGUUAUUGGUUUCGCGGCUGGCAAGAUCGAGAAGGUCGCGCUGAACCGCGUGCUGUUGAAGAAUGUCAGUAUUGUUGGCUUGCACUGGGGUCAGUAUGCCAAGUUUGAGACCCCGACCGUCGGUACUGUCUGGCAGGGGAUCUUCGAUCUUGUUGCGCAGGGAAAGUUCCGCGGCACUGCGUUCAAGGAUGAGAGCUUCAGUGGCCUGGAGAGUGUGCCCAAGGCAUUGCAUGCGCUAGGCGGCCGCGAGACCUGGGGUAAGGUUGUUGUGAACGUGGUGGGCAAUGAGAAGGCCAAGAGCAAGCUCUGA